AACCAGAAACACUCAGUGACAACAAAAUACUGCUACAGCCAUUCAUGGGUUCUGUUUCCUAGUACUCUUAACAGAUACAGUGACUUCGAACUAAGUUCAACAAAGACCUUCCAGGCAUCAUUCUGAAUUCCAAUGACCGCAACACAGCGAAACGAUCAAAGAAUGAUACUUUAUCAAAGACAAGCAUAGUUGAGGUACCAUUUUCCAUUAUCUUCGAUCGUUAUCAAGGCUUUACUGACAAAGAAAGUACUAAAGGCAACACCUUUUUUUACUGGAACCUGUCCAGGGCCAUGAUCGCCCAUCGCUUCAUCGCCAGUCUCCGUUAGCCCUUAUCCAAAAUCACCUUUUGAGGGUUUGAGUAACGCAGUCACUCGGCACACUAAUAAUCUGGGUUCAUCUGCAAUCGGAAAUAGAAUGAGCAAAAACAAGAGGGAAUUAGAAUUUAGAAAGAGGAUGGCAAACUGCAAACAAAGAUGAACCAAAAAACUCUCAAACAAGAAUCUGAGCAGUAGGGUUCCAGUGAAAUUGAGAGGGGAAGUCGUUGGGCCGGUAUACCCACUGACCCGGCCCGACUUGGCCCGACCUAUGAUUUUAUUAGUUUAUACGAUUCUGAAAUUCUCGUGCUUUAAGCUGCAGCCUGCAGCUUUUUCUCACUCACUUCCCAGCCGCCUGCUUGCUCCCAACUGCUGCUAGGGACUCAUUAUCAGCGUUUGCUCCGAGUGGAAAGAAUCCGGAUCACCUCGUCGUCGGCGAACUUCGGGCGGAGGAUCGUGGCUUGCUGUUUGGCUAGGGUCAUGUUGACAACAUCCACGCCGUAACGGUGGCAGAGGCUAAUAAGGAGAUUUUCCAAAUUCAUAGGGCAACCCAUCCGGCUAAUUGCGCAACUUCAGCUACCGACUUUCUCCAGCUCUCCCUCCACCUUCUCCGCAUUCAAAACUUCGUUGCUCAGCAAACGCUCCCGCGUUGCGUUGUACACGGGGCUUAAGGAUGAGGGAGUUUUUCGGCACGACUGACCAAACAAAAGAGCAUCAUCUCGAAAUCAUGUAGGCAACUGGGGUAAAGAUUUUAGCUUUGUUUGCGGUGGUCGACUCCUCUUUAGUCUUUAUCCUGCUUGAAAACCAGACAGUCACUCCUGCCAUCAUGAGUAUCAACUGUCUAGUUCUAGGUGCCGGGCAAGAAGUUGGGAAGAGCUGCGUGGUGGUAACAAUCAAUGGGAAGCGAAUCAUGUUUGAUUGCGGGAUGCACAUGGGUCACCAUGAUGACAAACGUUACCCUGAUUUUGCUCUCAUUGAUGGUCCCCUGGAUUGUGUUAUAAUAACUCACUUUCAUCUGGAUCAUAUUGGUGCGCUUCCUUACUUCACUAAAGAGUAUUCGUACAAUGGUCCUAUUUACAUGACGUACCCGACAAAGGCGUUGGCCCCUUUGAUGUUGGAGGAUUUUAUGAAGGUAACAGUUGGAAGGGGUGGGGAAGAGAAGUUUACCACUGAUGAUAUAUCUGAAUGCAUGAAGAAAGUCACCCUAGUUGAUCUGAAGCAGACUAUACAAGUUGACAAGGAUCUUCAAAUCCGUGCCUACUAUGCAGGACAUGUUCUUGGAGCUGCAAUGUUUUAUGCAAAGGUAGGAGACGCGUCUAUGGUCUAUACUGGUGACUAUAAUAUGACACCAGAUAGGCAUCUCGGGGCUGCACAAAUUGACCGACUAGAACUAGAUCUCGUUAUAUCUGAGUCAACUUAUGCAACGACUGUACGUGAUUCAAGAUAUGCUCGUGAGAGGGAGUUUCUUCAAGCUGUUCAUGAAUGUGUUGAAGGUGGAGGAAAGGUCUUGGUUCCAACAUUUGCACUUGGGAGAGCUCAGGAGUUGUUCAUUUUGUUGGAUGACUACUGGGAGCGCAUGAAUCUCAAGGUUCCGAUAUAUUUCUCGUCAGGUUUGACAAAACAAGCUAAUAUUUACUACAAGACCUUUAUGAGCUGGACCAGCCAAAAGAUCAAAGAUACAUACGCAAUGCACAAUGCCUUCAAUUUCAAACAUGUUGUCAGUUCUGAUCGGUCAGUGAUAAAUACUGUUGGACCUUGUGUUCUCUUCGCCACAUCUGGAAUGCUCAGUGGUGGCCUUUCCCUGGAGGCUUUCAAGAAGUGGGCUCCUUUCGAGGAGAAUCUCGUAACAUUGCCUGGGUACUGUGUAGCUGGAACGAUAGGCCACAAGCUUGCGGCGGGUAAACGUACUAGGAUCUAUGUGGACAGUGAUAGCCAAAUAGAUGUCCGUUGUAAUAUCCAUCAGUUGGCUUUCAGCGCACAUACUGACUCCAAAGGAAUCAUGGACCUUCUCAAGUUUUUGUCUCCGAAGCACGUAAUGCUAGUACAUGGCGAGAGGCCCAGCAUGUUCCGUCUCAAAGACAAGAUAAAGUCUGAAAUGGGAAUCGAGUGCGACGUUCCAGCGAAUGGUGAAACGGUGAAGAUUCCAUGUGCCACCCUUCAUGUGAAAGCUCGGACCUCGGAUGCAUUUGUCAAGAGUUGCCAGAGUUCCAAUUUUAGGUUGUCAAGAUGUUCCACAUCAUCAGGUCUAGUAGCAUCAACUGAUCCCUGCUCGCCUCUGCUGGUAAGUGAUGAUAGAGUUGGUGAAGCAGUCUUAUUGUUGGAUCAAAGCAAGGCGAAGGCUAUGCACCAGGAUGAGCUGCAGUUCCUUAUGUCAGUAGAAGAAAAACCCUAGGCGGUUAUGUUAACUUCAUUGCUUUCCAGUUAGAAGCACUAACUUAAUGCAGGUGAUGCGUGUAAGUGCCGUCCCGGCUAGGACCGGCAAUUUGGUCCAUGACUGUUUGGUUUUAUCCGAAACCAGACCGUAUAACUCGAACCGGGACCGGACUGGGACCGGAUAGCAAACAAUCCAAUCUCAUAUUCGGGCUUACAUUUGAGGUAAAAAAACCCGGAUAAAGAUCGGAUAAGAGACCCCAACACUCAAAUCCCCACAAACUCAAUCUAAAAUCAAAAUCAAAUUGGGACCGGACCGGGUCAAGACCGGAGUGUAUCCAAUCCAAUUUUUGAUCCUUAUAUUCCCGAAAAGAUUUAACCGGAUCGGGCCGCAUAGCCACCCCUAGUCCCGGCCCACAACUAAACCUUUGUGCUGGUUUCGACAUUAUUACUUACCAGUAACCUGCUGGAGUUUACACAACAGCAAAAACCAAUGAAAAGCCAAAAUUUCAAGUUUGAUGAAUUUAUCCCCACUCUAUUUAUCGAUCGUUGAUGGGUGUCAAAUCCGUGGGGUUCAAGAAACAAACAUAGGAACAAUUAUGGGAAAUUGCGGUUUAACUGGACUUAUUUAGCUUUUACUUAAAUUUAUAUUUUAUACAUAACAACAAAUAAAUUGCAAUGUAAUAGAUGACAUGUUUCUUUAAUAUUCGCAAUGUCGCAAAUGUAAAUCGCAAAGACCGCCACCUAUUUUUCUUUUCACCUCAACUCAAACUUUUAUGAUCGAAAGUCUACAAUUUUAUUUUCAAAAAUUUAAAAGUGUGUAGAUAUAUUUUUUGAGUACUAUUAAUCAAAUUCAGUGCCUGCAUGUCAUAAGAAAAUAUAUUUUUUGAGUGGCCAAGUUGCAUCAUCAUAUCAUAUCUCCUUCUGGAGUGGUUGCAUGCAUUAUCUCAAUUCUCAUCUGUUGUUGCUGAGAGACGCAAUUUGUGUCCCGCCUGGAGUUGGCAGCAUUCAUUCUAUUUGAGCUUUUCCCCAUGCUCGAUAUUAUACAUCAUAUAUCUUUGUUAAUUUCUACCCAAAUUUCUCACCUUGCUUUCACCUCACUUCAGCUUCUGCAAUGUAUUAAUAAAUAGAAAACCCUCUUAUGUGAUGAUCAUCAAUAAAGUCCCCACUUUGUAUUUUUCAGGUUGUAUGGCAAGAUAACUCAUCAGCAUGGGUAUUCAAUCGAAUGUUUAAUUCAAUUUGAUUGGGGAUAUUCAAUAGUUAUUUUUGUGGAAGAUUUUUUUUCUCAAUUCAACUGAAAGGGUAAUGGAUUAGGUAUCAAAUCCACCCGAAUAUGUGGUACAACUAUAGUUUUAAACGCACUCGAUUCAACACUUCAGUCAUUCAUAUGCUUCAAUCAUAAUAAUUAUCUCUUAAAAACAAAAUUGCUAUUUUUUCUGACUUCUACACACAGAAAAAAAAUUUCGUAACAAUGUUCAAAAAUGAUAUUGAUAUUCUAAUAAAAAUUUCACAUUACAUCAAAAACUUUGUAUAUGGUUAUCAGUAGAUAGUGUGGAUGUAUUUCCCCUAAAUUGCAUACGUAUAGGUUUUGGUAUGGCAUAUUACAUCCCGCCUACUUUGAUUACAGGGAGGAUUACAAUUUUAAAACUGUGAUUCAAUGAUGUUGUAUAGAAAAACGGUCUCCACUGGAACUGAAACUGGUCGUAAUCCCUAGUCCUUCUCUUUGUUUUGAGUUGUUGUUACUAAGUGGUAUACGAUCCAUAAUAUAAUCUCACCCAACAAUUCGAAUUAUUGGGACCAACCGGUUCUUGACAUGGUAUAAUUUGAAUGUCAAUGAUCUUAUUUGUUAAGCACAUGAUAUUCAAUAUAUGGUGGCUUUCAUUGAUGUGUGUGUUAGGAAGUGGUAUAUGAUCCAUAAUUGAAACUCUACUAAUAACUCGAAUCAUUGAAAUCAAUGGUUUCUUCACGGUUAUGUUUUUUUUUAAGGAUUGACCAUGGUUAAGUUGAACUCACGAGGAGAGAGAAUUCCCAACAGCUUGAGUGCAAAACAAAGAGAAAUUUGCCUAGCUUAGUGCAAUUAGAUUGUGCUGGAUUUUUUGUUGUAUAAAGAAUGUAGGUAACGAGAUAAUGGACAUCUCUCUUACUGUUUCCCACAUGAUCCACAGGCCACAGCUGCACGCAAAGAAAUUAAAUAUCAUACAUUAUAUAAUUAUCAAAAUUGCAAUUCCAUUAUGGUAUUAUCUAGCUUUAGCAGUUUAGUGCUCCUUGUCCACUUAUAAUUUCUCCAUUUUUCCUUUUCUCCAAAAGAUGAAGGGAUCAUCUCAAGAGGCUAGAUUAGUGAUAAUGUAUGAAUUAUAAUAUCCACUACGUGUUGGGUUUGAACUUUGAAAAUUGUUAUGUAUGUUGGGGAAAUUACCAAUUUUUUUAAAUAUCUUUAUAUUUCGUUUUGUCCCGCAUUUAUCCGGAAUUAUGUAUGGUUAAGGUAGAAAAAUCAGCACCAAAAACUUCUAACAUUCCUAACAUUCUUGAGUUAAUCAUAUGACUAUAUGGGGGUUUGUAAAUACACAUGGAAAUAUUUUACAAAAUCAAUUUGUCACUGAAAAUAAGAACAAAAUAUGUGUAAAUGUUGCAGUCCUUAUAAUGUCUAGCAAGUUAAGAGGCAUUGGCCUUCAACUUGGACAAAAAAGAAGAUGAAAGUUGUUUGAGCCCAGAUACUUUGGAUUCCAAUUCCCCACCCGCUCUAUCUCUAUGCAACGAGUUCUAGGCACCUAGCCUGCACACACACGCACAGAGAAAGGCGUUUGGGCUUGUUAGUCCUCUGACGAUCAAGUUAGUUUGGAUCUUAGAGAGAGAGGCACCAAGUUCUGGUGUUUAGUGAGAGAAUCCCCAAAUACUUUGGCUCUUUAUAAUGCCUAGCAAGUUAAGACUUAAGAGGUAUUGGCCUUCAACUUGGACAAAACAGAAUUUGAAAUUAAUGAAAUGGUUGUCCUUUGAUUUUGAUCAUUAAGAGGAGAUGUAGCGACCAAGUAGUUGGCUAGUGGCUAUAUCUUUUCGGAUGAAAUGAAAUCAAUGUGUUUGUCUAGGAUGAUUGGUAGGAUAAUUAGUAUAAUUAGGGGUUCUUAUUUUUUUAUGGUUCAUUAGUGUUAUUAUUUAUAACAAUUUGUAGCUAUAAUGCGGAAGGAGGAAAUUAUAUGUUCAUGUUAGUAGCUGUGGAAAUUGGGGUGGGUGUGGUUACCCGCCCCACAAAUAUAGAACUAUGUUACCCACAACCCGCCCCGCAGUGGGUAGUGGUUAACCACUACUCGCUAUGGGUUGGUGCGAGUUGGUUGUGGAUACCCACAAAAAUUUCACAUUAAAUAUAAUAAUAUGGUAAUUAAAUAGUGAUGUUGUG